GUGAAGGGGCGGAGCUAGACGCACUGGAGGUUGUGGUCGCCAUCUUUGUUGGGGCAGCUCAUGGAAAUUCUGUAGUCGCGGAGGAGAUAGAGUUUCCAGGUAUAUGCAUGAGUCUCGUCUCCUGUUCUCUACAACGUUGGGCUGUUAUAAUAGCGGCUUGUGCGGCGGUGCUCUGUAUGACCCCAUUUCUGCUGAGAAUUGUGGGAUUGCGAGCUCUCUCCAUGGCUUCUGAAGCUUACACUCCAGGAUCUUUCUCCGCUGCCUAUGUCACCUGCCCCAGUGACAAGGUGGCAAAAGACAUUGCCCGGGGCAUUGUGGAGAAGAAGCUGGCGGCCUGUGUUAACAUUAUACCACAGAUCACGUCCAUAUAUGAGUGGAAAGGGAAGAUCGAAGAAGAUAGUGAAGUUUUGCUGAUGAUUAAGACGAGAAGCUCUAAGGUUUCAGCCCUAUCAGAAUACGUAAGGUCUGUUCAUCCAUAUGAAGUGUGCGAGGUAAUAAGCCUUCCGAUAGAGCAGGGGAACCCCCCCUACCUGAAGUGGCUUGCAGAAACUGUUCCUGAGUAAAAUCUCCUUUUCUAUGUAAUAAAGCUGCACAUUACA